CAUACAAACACACUCACACACACACAAAAUCAUAGGAAAGUACACAAAUACAGACAUAUGCUAACAUCCGAGCCUGGAAUCACUUUGGAAAUCACCUAAAGAGACAAUAGAGGCAAUAAACAAAGGGCCCUGACUGUGAAGGUGUUGACAAAGAGUCCUGAGGGCCUGAAGUGAGGAGGCAGGUUGAUCGGCUGGUUUGUUAGACUCAGAUUCCCUGAACGUACAGCACUCCAGUCAUCGCCAGCAGGCGAAGGACUCAUUCACAGAGAGAUUUUCCCACACAGUGGAUUUUGUCAUUUCUCCUCCGAGCUGCGUGAAUUUUGACAAGAGGUACGUUCCAGUGCGGGGCAGUACUGACAUUAUCCACCAAACACCAUGGACCAGGAGGAUGACAAAAACUCUGUGGAUAUCCACGACAACCCUCCCGCUCCUGACAAUGUAGUGAAAGAGGACGGAGACACUGUCUAUUUUAUAUAUGAAGAGGAGGUGGAGGUGGAGGAGAAGGAACCAGAAACUCCAGAGCCUGUUAUCCGGGUCAACGACAAACCCCACAAGUUUAAGGACCACUACUGCAAGAAACCCAAGUUCUGUGAUGUCUGCGCUCGCAUGAUAGUCUUGAACAACAAGUUUGCUCUGAGGUGUAAAAACUGCAAGACCAACAUCCACCAUUCAUGUCAGUCCUAUGUUGAGUUUCAGAGGUGCUUCGGCAAAAUUCCACCUGGCUUCAGAAGGGCCUACAGCUCCCCGCUGUACAGCAGUGACCAACCGGAUUCAAAUAACCCGAACAGGAACGAUCCCGUCUUUGACACCCUGCGAGUCGGUGUCAUCAUGGCAAAUAAGGAGCGCAAAAAGAAUGAAAAUGACAAGAAAAAUAUGAUGAUGAUGAUGGAGGAAGAAGAAGAAGAGAACCAACAGCCCAAAGACAAUGAGGAGGGAGGAGAAGGGAAGCCUGAUGAUAAGAAGGAGAAAGGAGGAGACAAAGCAGACGACAAGAGUAAGGGUACAUUCUCCCAAUCCCACUAUUACCUGGCUCUCUACCGCUUCAAGGCCAUAGAGAAAGACGACCUCGACUUCCACCCUGGUGAUCGGAUCACAGUACUGGAUGACUCCAAUGAAGAGUGGUGGAGGGGAAAGAUGGGGGAGAAGACAGGCUACUUUCCCACCAACUACCUCAUCAAAGUGCGUGCAUCGGAAAGAGUUUUCAAGGUGACACGCUCCUUUGUAGGGAACAGAGAGAUGGGACAAAUCACACUGAAGAAAGAUCAGAUUGUGGUGAAGAAAGGAGAUGAGAAAGGUGGCUACUUGAAGGUCAGCACUGGACGCAAGCUGGGCUACUUCCCUGCUGAUCUGCUGGAAGAGAUCACUGUGACAUAAAAACCUUGACAUGCAAUUAAAGAGCCUGCAACACCCUUUAAAUAUCAGUACAAAAUUGAGACGUCACUAUUCUGGAGAUCCUUCUGAUCUUUCAGCUAUGUUACAUACAUAGUCAAAACAGACUGUCUGUCACAGCAGAAAAGUAUAUGCUGUGAUGGAUUUGUGCCUUUGACACAAAGUGAAGCAUGAGAAAGGAGAGAUUAAUGAUUUAAUCAGGUGAUGUUUAUGGCUUUGUUGUGAAUACCAUGGUAAUGCAGAUGGUCAGAUGCUUUAAGUUUCUACGUGCUAAAUCUAGCUAGCAUUUAGGAGAGGUAGAGAAAACCUGGAGAGCCUUGCAAAAGGUCAUAAAUCAAUUCAUGAAUUGAUAUGAAUGUAUAAGAUUUAAGACAUCAAUAUAUAUUCUAAAUCAAGAUGACAAUACAGUUUUUAAAGUAAGUGGGCAGUUAAAUCUCACAUCAAAUUAAUAAAAUGAGGCCAUAACAAAACCUCUGAGGGCCAGAUAGAUGGUAAUAAGAGUUGACAAAUAGGAAACUGAUGAAAUCAAAAUGCAAACAUGAAGAACAACCACAUUGAACUUUCAGGUUUUGUUUUGUUUUUAAAAAACAGCUAUUUAUUCUCAUUUAACACUGCUGUCCAUUUCCAUUGCUUAUGUGAUCCAUUAACCAAAUAUUUUGCAUGGUAAAAGUUUUUAAAUAAUUAAUGUCUAAUAAAACAUUGUUACCAUUGUCAA